GUUCCUGCCAUUCAGCAGAAGAGAACUGUGGCAUUUCUAAACCAGUUUGUGGUUCACACAGUGCAGUUCCUCAACCGCUUUUCUACUGUUUGUGAAGAGAAACUGUCAGCACUCUCUCUCCGUAUCCAGCAAAUUGAAACAACACUCAAUAUUUUGGAUGCAAAGUUAUCCUCUAUUCCUGGCUUAGAAGAUGUCAAAUUUGAAGUGUCCAGUGCAAACAUAAACAGUGUUACAAAUGGUCCUGUGGCACAAGCUACUACAGAUCAACAGACAACUGCAUCACCUCCAUCCACAAACAACACCCAAGAAGAAGGGUUACAGAAAACAGAGGUGGUAACAGAAAAUGUCACAACUGUGGCCAAGGACCCAAGAUAUGCCAGAUACCUCAAAAUGGUCCAAGUGGGUGUUCCUGUAAUGGCAAUACGAAACAAAAUGAUUUCUGAAGGGCUAAAUCCAGAUCUUCUCGAGACCCCAGAUGCCCCCGUGCCUGCCUGGGGAGAUGAUGGCAAAGCAGAAGACAGUUCUGAUAGUGAAUCUUCAUUUAGUGACUGA